AUGGGUGGGGACCACUCACCACCGCCAUUAACGUUGCCGCCGCCACAGGCGCGGUCUAACGCACCGAGGGCUGAUGGCCCAACAGGCCUCAAACUCUCCUCUGGACCGAAGGAAGAGCCUAAAUGCGUUCCACCGCUGCCUAUGGUAAUUCCGCUCCAGAGGGCAUUUUCUCGUGACCGCUCAAUACCUGUCGUUUCCCGCAAAAAGAUGGGUUCGUGCGCUCCUCGGUGGAACGGAUCCUACAACACUCCGGUUGAUCUAUUGGGGAAACGUGGCGGCGUCACUGCUGACGAGAAACGCUCUGUCCCAGCGUCGCUAAGCGUCCAAAAUGGCCCGGGGUCUCUUCCGCAUCAUGAAGCCAGUAGGAUUCCUGAGAAUUCAGGAGACGUUGCGCCAGGAAUCUCAUUUGAUGACGACGCCUCCUCGCCUGUGUCACGUCGUCUCCGCAUUCCGCCAAAGUUCAAUAAGAAUCAAGAUAAAAGCUGCAAUGUAACCACCGAUCUCAUCCCUAGCUUCACGCUUCCUGGAAGCCAGCUUGAAGACACUGUUGAAGCUCCCACAACGCAGUCUCAACCUGUUGUGACAAAGGGGAAAACUGAGAGUGUCAUUCCGUCGAAGGAUAUGCAGCGCGCCGAGCCCAGGAAAUCGUACAACAUCUCACGCGACGAGGCGUUGGAGCGAAAACAGGAGGGACGUUUCGUGCAUCAUAUAUCAACGAUACCAUCAAACAAGCAAGGCGCAUCAGACAACGUGGGAGUGCCUAGCGGAAAGGCCGGUGGCGUCCCAAGGGCGGAAGCGGGAAGAAAUCGCUUUGAAUCGUUUAGACCGACCGCUCUUUCUUUAAGGCCUGAUGAUCGCGACCCUCUUGGUGCACUUUCUCCACGGCUGAAGAACAGGGUUCAUGAAAGACGUGUAAGCAGAAAGCUGAACUAA